AUGGUAGAUCCUAUUUCGUUGAUAGCUAGGUUCGAGCACUUGCCUGGGCGACCCAAGUCUGAUCAAGCUAGACCCUUACUUGAGAAGAUCGCAAGUCAGGUGAAACCAAUAAUGAAGAAACGAGGAUGGAAAGUAGGAACUCUAGCUGAGUUUCUACCUUCCAACCCAUCUUUACUUGGUCUCAACGUAAAUGCCGGUCAAAGGAUAAAUCUUCGAUUGAGACCACCAGGAAAUGAAAAUACUUUUUACGAGUAUGAUCAAUUGGUUUUGGUCAUGUUGCAUGAGCUCACUCACAACGUACAUGGCCCACAUGAUGCGAAAUUCUAUAAACUCCUUGAAGAACUUGAAGAAGAGUAUUACGAGUUGAAGAGGAAAGGAUAUUCAGGCGAAGGAUUUCACGGUCAAGGUAAUCACCUAUCUGGACUACGCGUACCCGAACAUAUAGGACGACAGAAAGGUCUAGAAGCAGCUGAGAAAAGGAUGAACGUACAGAAAGUGAUAGGUAGAGGUGGAGUGUUGGGUGGGAGCAGGAAUACAACAGGAAAGAGUAUGAAAGAGUUAAUCAUUGAGGCCGCUGAAAGGAGAUCGAGAGAUGAUAAAUCCUGUGCGGUGGGACAUGGACAGGAAGCUGAGGAUGAAAGUAGAAAAGCCCAAAAAGAAAGUAUAGGUGUUGAUGCGGUGGAUCUGCAGAAAGGCUUAGAAAUGGAUUCAGAAGGUGAAAUCAGCUCGAGGGGAAGGGAGACGGACACUAGUGAAGCAAAGGUGAUUGAUUUGACUGGGGAUAGUGAUGACGAGGUGAAGUCGGAUGAAAAGCCAAAUAAAAUACCCAAGACGACUGAACGACAAAGAACUACCUCUUCCAGCCAGAUACGGUCUACCACCAUGAAUAACAACCUGAAUAAGCUAUUAUCGCCUGCAGGUCCCUCUACCGUCUCUCGACCUUCGUCAUCAACCAACAACACGCCAAAGCAAGUGGCAGUCACCAGAGCCCAAGAAUGGACCUGCGAGACAUGUACACUCAUCAAUCCUCCCUCUUCAACGAAAUGCGAGGCUUGUCUUACACCCAAACCGGCUACUACACCAGUACAAGUAGAAGGGAUAAAGACGGAUCAAGGAUGGUAUUGUACCUUCUGUACGUCUGGUCCUAAUGACAUGGAGAGAUGGAGUUGUGGGGUAUGUGGGGAGGUUAGGAAAUGGGGUUAG